GCCAGCAAACGGCAGCAGCGGAGCAAGCGGAGAGAAGGCAAUUCAGACCGAGAAGCCCCCCAGACGCCGCACCGGCUCAAGGCGACCGUGGCCCGUCGGGGUGCCCUCGGGGUGCCCCGAGGACGCCCCGCUCUCGGCGGCGGGACCAUGCCUGAUGUCGGACGGAUCCUGCUGGCGCUGCUGGCGCUGGCGGUCGCUUGCAAGGGGCCCAUCCCGGCGGUGGCAGGAGAACCUGAUACCACCAAAGUCUGUGAAAGGGAAUGCCCCAACUAUUUAAAGAACAAACUUCCUUCGAGUGUACUAGAGGGCUACACAAUUAGCAUCUGCAGAGCCAAGACGUCAAUCAUACUGGAAACAAAGAAAAAUAAAAUUUUUUGUGCCAACCCAGACCAUGACUGGGUCAAGAAAGCUAUGCAGGACAUAGAUGCAAGGACUAUAUACGCCACCACGGAAAACCUCCCUGCAGUUAACAGACAUUCAGGAGAAGCUGAAAUGGAGGUUGGUGACAACGCUCAGCCCACAAACAAAGUGAGCACAACAACCGCCCACAAGACAGCAACAUCCCCUGUGAGAACCACAGCAGAUCCCCAACCUUUUGUGGAAAGAGGGCUGGCUGGCUUGGAGGCCACCCCGUCUUCUCCAUCGUUGACUCCUCCUCAACCAGAAACCAUUGCUGAUAAAUCCACCUUUCCACCUGACCCGAUUGCACAUCACGAGGCAGGGUCAGAAAACUUUGAGGAGCACAAAAGAUUGGGGGAACAUUUCACGCCAACCAAGAAAGGCCUGGAGGACUUCUCUAGAACAACCCAGCGGUUGGUGUCCCCGCCGGUGCCUUUUCCAGGAACUGACCAAACAAGGACCCAGAGUCCUACGUCUGUUUCAGAAACUCUUGUGAGUCCUUCAGCCCGUCCUUCCAUGAACUCUUCUGCCAGCAAGCUUCUCCUGGAAUUUGUCACAAAAGAUAAGACGUUGAUUACGAUACCCACCAAGCUCUCCACCUCUCCCGAGCUGUUUUUAAGCAGCUUCAACGCAGACCAUAAACCACCGUCCGUUGAGGGUGCCACAACUCAACUUCCUAUCAACUCUAGUCGCCCUUCAAGCACACAGUUUGGUUCUGAUAGAACCGGCCUCGAUUCUGUCCAGUUUCAAGGUGUGAUUGAUGCAGAAGGUGAAGGAGGCACCACGCAAACACCUCUAUCUAUUGGAACUGGUCCUUCAAGUAGAACUUCCUCCAAACCUUCAUUCACUCUCCCAGUUCCAGGUUAUCACCAAGAAAUGUUUAAUGGGAGUGCUCCGAUAUCCAACCCAAACACCUCACCAACAACUUUAGAUUUCUAUCCCCAUCCCCAACCUAUGGUACAAAACUACAUCAUCCCCGUACUUUCUAUUGGGGGUGUCCUCUGUGUCUUCUUGGCAGUUGGUGUCUUAGUCUACCUUAAGCGCAACAUAUGUACCGAACGGUCAUCUAAGAGGCAGGUUCAAGGACUGAUGUAUUACCCCUGUGACUCUCAGGCUGAGACCUAUCCCCUGGAAAUGGUUUGACCUUUCCAUCUUUUUCCAUCUUAUUGUAAAAGAGGGAUGGACUGGGCUAGUAGCACAACUGAUGGGAGUCCUGUCUGUUCUCCCUCUUCUUCUCUGCCAAAGUCAACAUGGUUUGCAGCUGUUGGUCAGAGGAUGCACUAAAGCAUAACGACAUAUUGGUCCUAUGAGGUGUUUUAGCAUUAUGAGAUAUAUUUUAGCUAUGGAGCAAGGACAGAGUCUUCAACGUGGGAAGCAGGCCUCCAUAUACCAAAGCAAGAACAUUCAUUGGAAGAAAAGAGAACUAUCUAUCCCUUCCUAGGCUGAAUCUGGCUAGGUCCCAAUAGGUUGUCGGUACGGUUUGAUUGUAACUGAUGCUUGAGUUGAGCCAUAAAGGAUGAGCAGGGCUGGCCCAGAAUAUCUACCUGUUUGAGAUGAAAGAGGUGCCUAUUACCCUCCUCUACUCUUCUAGGUUUACUAUGGAGGUUGACCCAGCGGGUGGUUGCAUUUUCUUCCACUGCUGGUGAAAAAAAAAGCACAAAUCCAGAGGUUGUGCCCUGCAGGAU